GUAAAGAGCAUGCGGCUUAUUAUCACACUUCAGCAACAAGUGGAAGAGACAGUGUUCUGACCAUUUUAUAUGUGUGAAUAUAUCAGGAAGUCACCAUAUUCAACGUCUCAACCAUGAACAAACGAAAGCUGAGUUUCAAAUGGUUUGGGAGCCUCACCAACCUCUCCAGCCGCCGGCCAACAGAGAAGGCCAACAUCAAGGCAGUCUCAGAGCAUGAUGGGAUCCUCGGCGGUGCCAAAUCAGCAGUGGGAGGCCAGUCGGUGGAUGACAUGGAGCCUUGUCUCCACAGCCCCAGCUACGCCCACUCCAGCGAAAUGUACACACACGUGGGCACUGUGCCCCGCAGCCAGAAGCAGAAGAAGAGCUGUAAGGGGAUGAAGGAGAAAGAGAAGAAGAAGAAGAAAGAGGGGGAGGAGGAGGGGGACAAGGAGGCGGUGAGUGGAGGGCAGAUCCAGUGGAAGGCGGGGGAACAUGUCCGAGACUCCCCUCUGCUCAGUGCCCUGUCCAGCCUCAGUUUGACCAGUCUGGACCGGCCUCUGCCUGUUUCUCCACUGGCCCGGCCGCUACCCGCCACCCCAACACCCAGCAGGGCUUCACCCUUGACCUCAGCACCAGAAAGCUUUGUCAGCGAUCCUUCAGUUGACCCCAUUAAGAGCCAAGAGGCUUUUUCAAGGAGCAAAGAUGCAUUAAAAGCUGAUAGACCUAUAACAGAGCCUUCAAACAUGGCAACUAAUGGCCCCAAAAUGGCUUCAUUGCAGGAUGUGUAUGUGCCGAUGGACCCAAUAGGUGAAGCUGCUCACAGCCACGUGGAUGAACAAAAAGACAGACAGCGAGGUGUCAUAAGUAAACAGGAAACCAAAAGGACUGUAAACGGCUUGCAGGAAAUGCAGAGCGCUGACAGUGGCUCCCUGCCUGCGCGCUGUGGCUCAGUCAGUCAGCCGCUUCCACUCAGCGGCAGUUCGUGUCGGACUGUGCGGGAGAAGAUGUGUGAGGUUGGGGACGUUAAGCGUCGGUCAGUCCGCUCCGGGGAGGGAGAGAGAAGUCUGCAAGACUUGACCGACAGCAGUGGAGAAUAUGUCAAGUUCUCCAAAGACAAAUUCUGGUUGGAGCCGCCGUCUGAGAAACUGAAGAAGCAGCUGGAGGAGGAGCUGAAGCUGAGCGGCACCAACCUGAAGAGCCACGCCUGGUACCACGGACGUAUCCCCUGGGAGGUGUCGGAGAGCCUGGUGGUGAACCACGGCGACUUCCUCAUCAGAGACUCUCAGUCCUCUCAGGGGGAUGUUGUCCUCACCAGCCACUGGGAGCAGAAAACACUUCACUUCCUCAUCAGGAAGACGGUGGUUCAGUCUGGUGAGACGUACACUCGGGUCCAGUACAGCCUGGAAGGGGAGGCCUUUGAAUCUUUACCAGCUCUUGUUCACUUCUACGUGGGCAGUAGGGCGGCCCUGACCCAGUGGAGUGGAGCUCAGAUUCUCAGGCCGGUGAACAGGACGUUGCCUCUCAGCUACCUGGAGACGGCCUUCUGCACAGCCAUCAGCCCGCCGUCCUGCUACAGUGGGCUGAUGAACUGCAGCGAGAGGGGAGAGGAGAGGGUCUGUCCGAGAAGUCCUUCCUCUCUCCACCAGAAGGAGGCAGAUGUAAACAGAGAGCAGGAUGGCCGGCAUCUGCUGACUGCUGGAGAAUCCUCUCUCUCUACUCCGUACAACAACAGUGAGUUUAAUACUAUAUUUAACUCUUUUUGCUCUUUGCUCCAAUGGGGACAGGGAGCUGACCCGGACAAGAUGACGUUUCCCCAGCGGCUAAAAUGUAAUGUUAGCGAUCCCCCUUUUCUCUCUCCACCCUCCUGUAGGUUCCAAACCAUGGCAACCAUGUUGGCUGUGGAUGUGCUGGGCUGCACAGGGACGACUGAGGAGAGGGCUGGUCUGCUGCAUAAAAUCAUCCAAAUCGCUGCCGAGCUCAAGAGCACCAUGGGCAACAUGUUCGGCUUCGCUGCAGUCAUGAGAGCCUUAGAAUUGCCGCAGGUGUCCCGUUUGGAGCAGACCUGGAUGGCGUUACGGCAGCGACACACAGAGGGCGCUAUUCUCUAUGAGAAAACUCUGAGGCCGUUUAUGAAGAGUCUGAAUGACGGGAGAGAAAGCUGUCCGCUGUCCAACACCACUUUCCCCCACGUCCUACCCCUCCUGUCUCUGCUGGAGAAGAGCAUGGCGGUGGGUGAGGGUACAGAGCCGUGGGAAACAGUGGAAGUUGGGGUAGACGUGGUCAUGUUCCACCUAGGGGCAGCAAGGACCAUCGCUCAGCUGGGGGGCAUCUACCGCUCCAACGCUGAGAGCAAACUCAAAGGUUUCCAAGAGCAGUCGGAGGUCCUGGAGCUUUUCCUGACUGAUUUCCAGAUGAGGCUGCUGUGGGGGAGCAGGGGAGCCGAGGAGAGCCAGGUUCUGCGAUAUGCCAAGUUUGACCAGGUGCUGACCGCCCUGUCCAACAAGCUGGAGCCGCCAGUCCGACCACACUGACACCAGACCUGUUUUUAAUACCUGUUUACCCUGGAUGAGCACUGUCUGUUGGACACUGAGCAGCUCCUCUCGGCAGUCGGGGUUCUGAUGCCUAGCUCAAGUGCAACUGGAAAGUCAUUAAAAAGGGAGAGGAUGAUGACAUACUGAUGAUGAACACACUUCAUAAGCAUGUAGACUCAAGACAUCUGAAUCAGAAUUAAACAGUACACCUUUGUCGGUGCUUGUUGGGAUUCGGAUUUCUGUUCAAAAGCACAUAGAAAGGAUGAAUGUUAGCUCAAAUUUGUUCUCGUUAAAUGAUUAAUUUGUCAUAUCAGUAUUUUCUGUAGUUUUGAUGCUGAGCCCAAAUGAUUGUUGCAGGUUGGUGGGGGCACUGAAAGUAUGAGGUAGUACUGCACCCUGGAGGACAAAAAACACAAACUCAGAGUUGGUAAAAUGUAGUCUUGUGGCAUCACAGCUCCUGCUUUGGAGUAAUGUUGUUUUCACACAAACCAUCCUCAACACAGUCUCAUUUACCACUACCUGUAUUCUUAACAGAGUAUCAGUGUGUCAGUGGCAGAGUCAGAAAUCAACUCUAUCUUGCCAGCAUUUUGUUGAAUAUGUUUAAGUGUCUUACCAGAGGACUUAAUCUGUCUCACAAUGAACCAAAAUGUGAACAUAAGAUAUCAGUGUAAAUAUGUGGUACUUUGGGAGGUUCUGUUGAGCUCUUGUUCCAGGAGGGCUGAGAGUUCAUAAAAAUAGUAAGUGCGAUGAGGCUGUGCCUCAGUUUGUUUGGUUACUGUAUAGAAAUGUUUGUAUGUCAGAAGGCCGGACCUUCAGCAACUCUAUGAACUGUAUGUCAUAUUGUACAACCCAAUAACAGAAUAACUUUGUAUCUACAUUUCCAUAUUUGGUAUUAUGUUUAUGACCAUGUGUUAAUUAUUAGGAUAUACUACUUUGAAGUGAAUAUUUAAUGAGAUUACAGGGGCUGUAAUCAGUGCUGGGUCAGUUCACUAUCAGUUCAGUACUUUUGUUUAUUUUUGAAACUUCCUUUUUGCCUUUUUUCCCCUCUUUUUUCCUGUUAAAAAUGAAAGCUGUACAGUUGUUCAUGUUAUCACACAUACUGUGUCUCUCAUUAUCACUAUGUGACACCACACAAGCACGGCCCACUGGUACACACCAUUUGUAUUACCUUACAUAGUAUUAAUGUCUAAUAUUUAUCUGAAAUUUAAAAUGUAAAUAAACAUGUUUACCUAAA